ACGUGGCUGGUACCAUGGAUGCAUCUACCUUCAUCUCCAUGCUUUGCUCGAACAAGGUUUCCUGCUCGAAGUUAAGGACGUGCAUGGCAACAGAAAGGGCAAUGAACACGUGGCAGAUUGCACCUUCGGGGGACGUCAUAGAAUCCGAACCUGUCUUGUCCGACGACCAAAGGAAAGAACCGAUAAAGAACUCCACAGCCACGACGGCAGCGACAACAGAAGACACCGCAUUAGGCGACACAGAUCUUCCACCAGGAGACGCGACAACGCCAGCGGCUCCUGAAGACCAAGAUUCCACGACAGAACCAGAGGCCGAAACGAAGUCUGCCGACGAGCCAGUAAAUGAACCUUUAUUGGCACCAGUUCAGCAGAUGCAAGCUGCUGAGUCGCAAACGACAAAAGGGGCGUCCGUGACGCCAUCUUCGGACGGUUCUGCUGCAGAGUCAGCAACCGCUGUCCCUUCCGCAACAACGAUACCACCGGAAAGUUCCGUCCCAGAAACCGACGCGGAACCGGAAACCUCAUCAGCGCCGGAAACGUCAACCCCUUCGGGUUCCAAACCCGAGGUGGAAGAAUAUCCGGAAGAGGCCCAGCUGCCAGCCGAUGACGCCAUACCGGAAGGAGAAGCCGAAGACGUGGAUCUGUACCCGUGUUUGUGUGCCCGACGAGUGCGGAGGAAAUACAGGCAGAAUAGCAGGAGGAACCGUCGAUCGUCCGAUUGGAGGGAUUAUCAUCUUCUGUUUCCGUUGGCUGCCGUUAGGGAAUGCCUUGUGACAACCUACUAACGCUUGGACAUGGACGCUGUUGGAAAGCCAUCUGUUGGAAAUAUGUACAUUUGGAAAAUAAAA